AUGACUCAAGAGCCGAGUGAUUCUAUCCGUGGCCUGCCAUGGCUGAUCUGGGUUGUGGUCAUCUUUGGGUCCAUCUCGUCCGCCGGAUUUGGAUUCGAUCAAGGAUGGUGGUCUGCCCUGAUGAGCUCGACUCAAUUCGUUAGCAACUACGGACACCUCGAUCCGGUCACGGACACAUGGGCUCUGACUUCCAAUCAACAAUCCCUGGGAACCGGUCUGGGGUACGUGGGUGUCAUUGUGGGCGUCUUCGGAGGCUCACCGGUCAACGAACGCAUGGGAAGAAAGAAUACCCUGUGGAUUCAAAGUUUCAUAGUGACAAUUGGUAUCAUCAUCGAGUCGACGGCGGAGAAAAGCUACGCCCAAUUCCUGGUCGGAAAACUCCUGGUCUAUCUCGGUGGAGGAAUGGCAACCAGUGUGAUCCCCGCAUACCAAGGAGAAUGUGCCCCGAAAUCCAUGCGUGGUUUGAUGGCAGGAACCUACAAUGCCUUCCUCAUGGUGGGUGGCUUCUUCGCCACACUCAUUGUCUACCUGUGUCAACAUAUCCCGAGUAACUGGUCUUGGCGAGUGGUUGUUGUUGCCCAGAUUGCCAUUCCUGCAGCCAGCUGGACCAGUCUGCCGUUCCUCCCCGAGUCCCCGUACUGGCUUGUCUCUCGCGGAAGGCUAGAUGAAGCGGUCGUUUCGCUUCGUCGACUGAGAGGUGUCUCAUUUCCAGCAGAGGCUGAGGUGGCCAACAUGCAACAGCUGUUGGAGGAGCAACGGGAACGACGGGCGACUGCGACAUGGUCUGCCUGCGUCACAGACUCUGUCAACCGCCGGCGUACUAUCAUCGCCGUGGGAUCUCAGAUCUUCUCCCAAGCACAGGGAAUCUCAUUCGUUGCCAACUAUCAAGCCGUCUUCCUCCAGGAGAUUGGAUUCAAGGAGGUCCUCCUGAUGUCAGUUUUGGUCUUCGUCAUCGGUAUCGCUGCAAACCUCAUCUUCAUGGCCACUGCCGACCGUCUGGGUCGACGUAACGUGUUGAUCUACUCUGCUGCCUCGAUGGGGGCUUUUAUGAUCACCAUCGGCGGUUUGACAGCCAACGGCGCCGAGCACAUGUCCUACCAGAUGCAGGUUGCAGCGGUGGUGAUGCUCAUGUUAUGGUUCUUUACUUUCCAGUACACUUGGGGACCCAUCGCCUGGGUGCUUUCAUCUGAAAUACCACCUAUCCAAAUGCGAGAAAAGUCGGUCGCUCUAUCUGGAAUGGGCGCCUACAUCACUGGGUUGAUCAUCGUGUUUGUGAACCCUUUCACCCAAGCUGACAUUGGUGGCCGCGUUGCAUUCAUAUACGGAGCACUGUCUGUUCUUUCGUUCCUCUUUGCUUGGUUUUACGUGCCGGAGGUGAAGAACCGAUCACUGGAGCAGAUCGACGAGAUGUUCUUGGACAAAGUGCCCGCACGAGCUUUCCAGUCUCAUGUUUGUCGGACUCCUGGCGACAUCACAAUUGCGAAGAGGGAAGCUGAAGAGUUUGUGGAGAAUGCUUAG